AUGGAGCGUGAUAAUGAACUGAUUGACUUGCGGCUUCAGUUCCAAGCUCUACAAAAACAGCAGGAGAAAAAGAAGCAAGAAAGGAAAAAGGAGAAAGAACCAGAUAAACUCAAUGCAAGUGAUGUUCAGGAUGAUUUGAAUCUAUCAAAACUGCUACAAAAUGAGAAUCACAAUUUGCUGGACCAGCUGAGGGAGCUAAAGGAUGAAAAUGGACGGCUCUUCAAACUUUUGAGUGAGAAGGAUUUUGAAAUUAAACACCUGAAGAAGAAAAGAGAAGAAGAAAUAAUUGCCUUGGCAGGCACAUCAGGCUUGACAGGAGAUGUAGCAGCCACCAAGAUUGUGGAGUUGUCCAAGAAGAACAGAGAGCUGACAGCUGAAAUUGAGCGAGGAAAGAUAAAAUCCAAGCAAAACAGCAACCGAAUUAAAGAGCUUGAGAAAGAGCUGCAGGCUGCUCUUGCACACUCUCCAUUGGUGCAAAAGAUUGAUACAAAGUUACAGGACAGGAGGUCAUCUGAAGACAGUGAGCAGGAAAAUCCUGUGGUGAAAUCUCUACAGGAGAAAUUAGCUGCUGCACAGCUGAAAGUGAUCGAGUAUCGCAACCAGGUUCAGUCUGUCAAACAGGAGUUAAAAAUUGCUCAGAGGGCUUUGAUCUGUGAGGUUGGGGAGGAGGUCAACCUUCAGCAUUUAUUAAGCUGUCCAGGGAGCUUUAGAGGUCGCGCGCAGCAGAUACUGGCUCUUCAGGCGAGGGUACGGGACCUUGAGCAGCAGUUGAACCAGUCGGCUCAGCGGAAACAGUCAAGUGCCCUGAGUGUAGAGGAAGAGAUUCUGGGCCUCCAGAAAACUCCUCCUCAAGACAGGAACCUCAGCUACAUUCGUGCCAUUGAGAAGGAGAAGAGAGAGGCAUUUGAGAGGAUCUCAGUGGACUAUGAAACCCUCCUGAAAGACCAGGAGGGUGUAAAGAAAAAACUGGAAGCAUCUAAAGCCAGGAACAAAUCUCUGUCUGCUGAAAUCAAAACUCUGAAGGUCCAGAUCUCCACUUUACUGGAGAAGGGUAAACAUGAUGAUGAGCUUGUGGAUGCUCUGCUGAAGCAGCAGACCCAGAUGCAAGAGGUACUCACACGGCUCAGCCAACAGCAGAAUGUACAGAACAAGAAGACCCAGCCGAGCCAGGGAGAGCAGCUGAGCAGUAAGCCUUCAAUGCACAGCGAUCUCAUCCAGAAGCUUAACCAGAUGGUUGCUGACAAAGAGGCCAAGAUCAAAGAACUAGAGGAGGAAAUCCAGCAGCUCUCGGUCAAGGAACAGAGCACAGACAGACAGUCUAGCUCCAACUCAACAAUUUGCAGUUCAGGAUUGUCCCCUGAAGAGGGAGACACUACCAAAAGAAUGACAUCUUCUGGUUCUGUUUCUAAAUUUGGUCAUAAACUGGUGCUUCCUGCCGUGGGAAGUAGUGUAGGUUUCAAAGGCCCAAGUUCUUCAAAAUGUCCACAAUGUUUAGCUGAUGUGAGCUCACAGAUGACCCAGUGUAAUGAAUAUAAAAUCAUCUGUAUGGAAAAGGACAGACUUCUCGAACAAGUGAACAUCCUACAGACAAAAGAGAAAGAGAUGAACCAAAGGUGUUUGGAGGCAGAACAGAAAUACCAGGAGGAGCGCCAUAGGACAGUCCUGGAACAACAGCUGGAGAGGACAAAAGUGGAUUGA